AUGUCUCAUAUUGAGUCUAUGUCUGACCCCCAGACAUACGAUGCUUAUGAUGCCUCUCUACCGGCCGACCACCCAUUCGUAACUCGUGCUUACCAGUUCCAAUACCACCUUUCGCCUCUGGAACAGGCCAAAUCCGACGAAAUAAUGAACCCGCAACCAUGCGGCCUCUCAACGAUCUCAGACCCCCAAAGUCCUCGCAGCAGUAAUAACGGCAGCAUCCUAGGCAUGAACUGUAUGGCUUCGCCAGCAUUUCGUCAAGAGGACAUUUCUAUUCCCGCCAUUGAUGAAUAUCCCGCGCCCGACGGACUUGUCGAUAUCGACCACUCAAUCGCCUUCUCCCAGUCCCCCUUCGAUAGGCCUCUCGAUCACACUUCGCCUUUUGAUACAGAAUUUGAUGCCUGGUCAGGCAGUCAAUCAGACCGAAAUGCUACGCCUGAUCAACAAUGGUCCUCUCCUCUGCCUACAGAACUAGCCCUCCCGCAACCGAUUCGUCGAAACAAGAGCCGCCCAGGUAGGGCUAUAUCUUCAGCAUCCUCUUCCAGAGAGAUUCACAAAUCAGCUGAGCGCAGACCGACUUCCACCCCUGGUCGCAGCAAGCGUCGACGCGGGACUCGCAAUGUUAUUGACGGCACAGCCCGGACAUUCGUCUGCAGUUUCGCUUCCUACGGUUGCGAAAGUACGUUUGUCUCAAAAAAUGAGUGGAAGCGCCAUGUUACGUCUCAGCAUUUACAACUUGGAUUCUAUCGCUGUGAUGUUGGAAAAUGUGGCGCCUACCACCGUCACGCAUCUACAACCCUCCCUACAUCUACGUCUACACCAACGCCACAAUCUACGGUUUCUGGACGAGGCUGUACACCACUCCCAGGCCAACCGAACGAUUUCAACCGCAAAGACCUCUUCACCCAGCAUCACCGCCGCAUGCACGCGCCCUGGCUUCAAUCUGGGGGCCGACGAGCCCCCACCGAAGAGGAACAUAGCGCUUUCGAAGCAAGUCUGGAGGAGAUCCGUCAGCGCUGCUGGCAGGGUCUACGGACACCGCCCCUGCAGAGCCACUGCGGGUUCUGCAAAGAAGUAUUUUCCGGCGAGGGAAGUUGGGACGUGCGCAUGGAGCAUAUCGGACGCCACUUUGAGAGAGAAGAUCGACGGGUCCUGGGGGCUGAGGAGGAGGAUCUUGCGCUGAGGGAGUGGGGGAUCGAACAGGGCAUUUUGGUUGCUAUUGAUGGGGGUUGGAGAUUGGCUAAUUUGGUGGGGUUGUAG